UCUCAUCCGCCUGCAGCCUCCUCAUACAUGUUGUCUUUGUAACGGCAGAGGAGAGCGCGCGGAGGUGCGGGAGUCCCUCCGGUUUGUUUGUGCAUAGCUCUUUGCUAGCAGCUCUAUGAGAGGCAUCUUUAACUACUUCCGGAAGAGAUCAUAUUUCGUAAACGAUAUUUCCUCCACCUGAUCAGUGAACUACCUUCUCAGCUCAGGAAGAGAUCAACUUGCGGGGCUCAAGCAGAGAACACAGAGGCAGACCGCGGGUCAUCAGGCAGUCUCCUUAUGUCAGGCCGAAACGGGUCUGCAAGUGAUGCAGACUGCCAGAUCUCUGAGGACUGCCACGUCCCAGAUGUGGAGCUAAUGGAGCUCGGACCCCUGCUAGAGGAGGGGGGCUGUCAGACUAUUCCGAAAGGCCUCCAUCCAGAGGGAGCGACAACGCUUGCUGAUGAGGAUGAAGAUGUUGAUGAGGAGGUGGGAGAGGUCCUCACCUUACCUCUUCAGGCUCAUCAUGCCAUGGAGAAGAUGGAGGAGUUUGUACACAAAGUAUGGGAGGGGCGCUGGAGGGUCAUCCCUUUCCAUGUCCUACCAGAGUGGCUAAAGGACAAUGAUUACCUCUUACAUGGACAUAGACCGCCGAUGCCCUCCUUUCGGGCCUGCUUUGGAAGCAUCUUUAGAAUCCAUACAGAGACGGGAAACAUCUGGACUCACCUUUUAGGGCUGAUCUUGUUCCUCUGCCUGGGCACACUAACCAUGCUUCGGCCCAACAUGUACUUCAUGGCCCCGCUGCAAGAGAAAGUGGUGUUUGGAAUGUUUUUCCUGGGUGCUGUUCUGUGUCUCAGCUUCUCUUGGCUUUUUCACACAGUCUACUGCCACUCUGAGAAAGUGUCUCGCACCUUCUCCAAGCUUGACUACUCUGGCAUUGCUCUGCUGAUCAUGGGCUCCUUUGUACCCUGGCUGUACUACUCCUUCUAUUGCUCCCCCCAGCCUCGACUUAUCUACCUCACCAUUGUUUGUGUGCUGGGAAUUGCCGCCAUCAUAGUGGCCCAAUGGGACCGAUUUUCUACACCUCGUCACAGGCCGACAAGAGCAGGCGUGUUCAUGGGUCUUGGACUAAGCGGCAUUGUGCCUACCAUGCACUUCACAAUUGAAGAGGGCUUUGUCAAGGCCACCACCGUUGGCCAGAUGGGUUGGUUCUACCUGAUGGGGGCCAUGUAUAUCACUGGUGCGGGGCUCUAUGCUGCCAGGAUCCCAGAACGCUAUUUUCCUGGAAAGUGUGACAUCUGGUUCCAUUCUCAUCAGAUUUUUCACGUGCUGGUGGUGGCUGCAGCCUUCAUCCAUUUCUAUGGGGUGUCCAAUCUGCAGGAGUUCCGGUACGGUCUGGAGGGGGGCUGCACAGAUGACUCCCUGCUCUGAAAGGCUCGACUGUGACCCCGUCGUCCUUUUACUUAGCCCUUCCUCCUCCACCUCCUUACACACACAAACACACUUUUAAAAACUGCUGCUGGAAUUCAAUAUGUUCACUUGUCGCUCCUCUUGUGCUCCUGUUUUUCUCAUUUAAUUGGGUUUCUGGUGGUCUUACUACUUCAAUUCCCUUUUCCUCACGAAGGAGGCUUUAAAUAGCCAGCGACCUGUGGGGAGAAUCUCAAAAAGCACUAUCUCUGUUUAAUCACUCUGGAGCUUGAACAAUCUGAGUUUAACAGGAAAGAGCAUUAGGUUUUGACCAAAAGGAAAUGUUUCCAAAUUGAAGGUAACUUCUUAAAAGCCUACUAUUUGUCUCAUCUUAGUCAUAACUGCAUAGGGUUUGCAAAGAAUAUGAUUUUUGUAGGAACACAGAAGUGCACACAGUGCACAUCAUGCCUCUGACACCCAGCCCCUCCUUCCACUCUUCAUAUGGGAUAGAGACGUGGUGCCCGCUCCACCAAGGGGAAGAAUAUGGAAUAACCAUUUAGGCCUACAGGAUCAAGGCCUGCACAAACGUUUGUUUGAGGAGAAUCGAGGCAAUACGUACGCAGUUGUGCAAAUACUACCAGAUGUUGUAACGAUGCUGAGAUUGAACAUACAGCUCUCUGUUGAAACUAUGGGGGCAACUUCCAUACCUGCUCCACAUUCUGAAGCUGGCUGAUUAGAAGAAAAACAUUAUUUAAACCCAAACAAUACAAAUUAUGAAAUAUCAUCUGAGUAAAAUUAUAUGCGGAUGACAUUUUACUUAUGUGUAACAUUAGCCAAAUCAGGUCACGGGGUUGAUAACAAUCUAAAUAACUCAGUUAUUCAAAUUUUCUAUAAAUUUGUUAUUAUUUAAUAGCACAGCAAACUGCAAAAUGUUUAUAGCUAAUGUGUAAAGAUACAUCAAGUAAAUGUAAGUUUGAGAUUUGAUGAACCUCAAAUUUGGAGAUGAUGGUGUUUGAAACGCUCAAGGAAUCGGACCUUUCUCCAGAACUUUUCAAUCAAACUCGAUACAAGUAAUUGCUGGAAUAAAGGUUACCAAGACACGCACAAUUUGCAAAAGCAGAUAGGUCUUUUCCACAGAGGGUUUUUUUUUUCGAGCUAGAUUUUAGAUUAAACUAGAGGUGUAAGUGUCAUAUGCACCUUACUUAUUAAAACAACUUUUCCUUUUAAGUCACUGAAUGGGAUUCACCCUGUGGUGUACAUAAUAUAAUCUUUUAGGAUUCCUGUGCCUUAGGCCAAUGGAAGUGUUUUUAAAUGGCCUAUCUUACAGUCAAUGGAGCUUCUAGGAUUUCCAGAUGUGUUGGUUUUUCUUGUUUUUCUUUUGUCAUAUUCAUUGAGAUCACAAUUGAACUUGGAACUCCAUUGAUGGGUUGUAUCAACUACUGUUUAUUAAAAUCCUUUUUUAGGUCAACUUAAUCAAGCUUUAUUACAAAGACUAAACUCAUGUCUGUUCUUGACCUUGUGUAAUGUCCUGUGUAGAAAGUGAUAAAUCAUACAUUUCACUGAAAUGUAAACAUAAUAAAUAUUUAU